AGCUAUUAUAAUUGUCUUAAUAUUUACAUUAUCUCUAUACUUUCUUGAUGUAUCAAUAUUGCUUGAACCUUUAAACACUGAUCUGAAUGAAAUCGCUUUUCAAUCAAAUGAAUCAAAUGAAGAUAGUAGUAUUGUUUCAAAUGGUCAAUUAAAACUCACAAAAACUAUUGAUACCGAAGAUGAUAUCACGCUUAAUCAAGUCAACAGCACACAAAUUGAUGAUACUAAAGUUAAUCACGAUAAAAUUAAUGAUGAACAAGUUGAUAAUAAUAAAGUUAACGAUACUCAGCCUGAUACUCAAAUUCUAACACAAUUUAAUGAUACGAAAACUGAUGAUAUUCAAAUUAAAGAUACUCAAAUUAAAGAUACUCAAAUUAAAGAUACUCAAAUUAUUGAAUCUCAAGUUAAUAAUACUCAAAUUAUUGAUUCACAAGUUAACGAUACACAGGUUAAUAACGAUAAUACUAAAUUUAAUGAUAUCGAUAUGCAAAUUAAUAAGACUCAAUCUAAUAAUAUGCAAGUUAACAACACUCAAGUUAAUGCUGCAUUUACGCAAGAUGAUGAUGAUACACGGCUUAAUGCAGUAAUAAUUGUUCUUGUUCGAAACUCAGAAUUACAUCCAUUACGAAAAACGAUGAGAUCUUUUGAAGACAGGUGGAAUAAAAAGUAUAAUUAUCCUUAUGUGUUUUUAAAUGAUCAAGAGUUUACUCAAGAAUUUAAGGAUAUGACAGGGGCCCUUACAAACGCUAAGACAUAUUAUGGUUUAAUACCAAAACACAUGUGGGGCUAUCCAUCAUGGAUAGACCAGGCAAGAGCCGCCGAAACUCGUAGAGAUAUGGGUAGUCGAAAUAUCUUGUAUGGAGAUUCGGAAUCAUAUCGUCACAUGUGUCGUUUCAAUUCAGGUUUUUUCUUUCGUCAUGAACUUAUAGAAAAUUUUGAUUAUUAUUGGAGAUUAGAACCAGGUGUUGAUUUUACAUGCGAUAUCGACUAUGACACUUUUAAAUACAUUAAAGAGAACAAUAUUACCUAUGGGUUUACUAUUGCACUUUUAGAAAUGACUGAAACGAUUCCUACUUUAUGGAGAACUGUACUUGAUUUUCUUUUUAAAUAUCCUCAGCAUAUUGCUGAUAAUAAUUUUGCUUAUUUUAUAUCGCGGGAUGACAUGGCUAAUUAUAAUGGUAAUUUUGAGAUUGGUGAUUUGAAUUUUUAUCGAAGUGAACAAUAUCUCCAAUUUUUCGAUUUUCUAGAUCAAGCUGGGGGAUUUUAUUAUGAACGUUGGGGUGAUGCUCCAAUUCAUUCAAUAGCAUUACUUUUAUUCCUGGAAAGAUCACAAAUACAUUUCUUUAAUGAUAUAGGAUACUCACAUCCACCUUUUCAGCAUUGUCCAGUUAACAAAGAUUUUCAUAAUUCUGGUAAAUGUUAUUGUGACCCCGCUAGUAAUUUUGAUCUUGAAUGGGGUUCAUGCACUAAAGAUUGGUUAAUGAUCUGA